AUGGCAUUCAUGGCAAGGGCUGCUCUUGCGGCGAGGUUCGCAAGCAGUAUCGCUGUUAGUACAUCCACUAGCAGCGCCACCACAACAACCACUGCUCCUUCAAUAACGACGUCAACCGCGCCACCAAUCACAUCAUGCAGUCUUGUCUCCCAAAGUGCUACUACAUUCUUAGAUCCACUGAGCUCUCCUGUUACUUUACCAUCAACCAUCGCUUGCAGUUGCAACGACGGUUGGGGGGCCGGAGUAGGCUCCACUGUUGGAUCGGAUGGCAGCGCCACGUACACAUGCGAGGUGGGAACAUCUACCACCAUCGCUGUCAGUACUGGCACAGUCCCACCAGCGCCAGUUCCUACGCAAUGUGCAGCAGGUGGUGUUCCUGACGCUUCCUGUUUCAAUGAGCUUGAUCUUCCUGACUUCAUAAUAAACUGGUGGAAUGACAACGAGGACGAUUGUGGAAGCUUCCCCGGAUUUGCCGAUUGCUGGUACUCUAAGAUGACGCCAUACUCGCCGUCUACAUGCGAUCAGCUCAACACCGACCCGGCCUGCGAGCAACCUAAGUGGAAUGACUUCACAGGUUUCAAUAAUGUGCAGAAUUUCUACGUCACUUGGUGCAUUUGGAAUACACAAGGCGCUUUCCUGGACUUGUACAAUGCCGUGGGCGAUGCAGCGGGCCCUGUUUCUGACAACAUCGGAAGCAUCGUUACCGCACUUGACCCCCCUGAUGAUUCGACAAGCCCCUGGGAAUAUAUCUUCGAUGCACUGUCGUUUGGUCUGAGCCUGUACUCUGAAGGCACAGUUCUUUUCAAGGCACUCCUCCGAUCUGCGCCUCAAACGUCCACGCUACUGCAUGGCCUCCUUUUUCCUCCUGGCGAUAUCGAUGGAGAUGUCACUGUUUGGGCAGAUGUCGCGGGAGAACUCGGAAAAUUCGUAUCUUCAUGGCAGACAUCAAUCGGAAAAGGACUUCCCGUUGUUCAGGAUAACAUUACUGCCUUCAUUACCCUGAACCAGAAUACUCCGUUGUCCGGUGUUCGUCCACCGCUUGACGGUCUGACUUCAACUAUCUCACAGUCAGUUGGCGGUUAUGUCAUAUCCGCCAUCCUUAAUGAGCUCGGCUUGGCUGUCACACGCGCCGAAGCCUUAGAUGUCCACAGCCUUCAACAAGGCGGCAAUUUACAAUGGGAUACUGGCUGCGAGGACGGCUAUGACGACAAUGGUAUCUGUGGCGGCUAUUUCUUCGAUGGGACGGAUACCUACAGUAUUGUGGAUCCCAACAACAUGCAAGACUCCAAAAGCGAUAUUUUACAACAGCUUAUUGGUGGUGGCGACCCUCUCACGACUGGUCAGAUUUUGUUUACGAACGCCUUGCAAUGCACGCAGACCUGUGGUUCGAACGGGGGUUGUGCCCCGACUCAAGACCCUACCGACCUUUCAGUGGCCAGUUGCAUAAGCACUGCUCGCAUCUGUACCUGGACGUGGGAUACUUACGGGCCCUUCCAGGACGGUUGCGCGAACUUGCCUAGUAGCGACGCCGUCUUGGGUGCUUUCGGUGUGAAUCCAUGUGUAGGCACCGACAUCUACGGCACCAGCUAUUCAGUGCCAAAUACCUAUCUUGGAGGCGGCAUCAUUGACGACAACGCUCCAGGGUUUUGGGACGAUCAACUCGUUUGCAACGCCAAUUACUGA